UAUGUUAUACGCUGUAGCACCAAAACCCUCUUCCAAAACCCUGACGAGAAGCCAAAGCGCAACCAAAUGGCGUCGUAUUCCAUGCUCCGCAGGGCCUCCUCGUCUGUGCUUUCUCUCGCGAUCAGAGCUGUCGGAUCUCCGAGAGCCUUCCGCGGCGUGGUCUCCAGCGCUCUGACGGCCGAGAAGGGCGAACUCGCCCACGCGCUGAGCCGGAGAAGCUUCGUCCCGACUCUGCGUUUCUCCUCGGCGAGCACCGAUAAGAGCCUUAUUCAGAUCAUCGAGUCCGAGAUCGAAUGCGCCGAGAAAACUCAUGAGGAGGAGGAAUCCUUUGGAGCGCCCCCAGCAUUUCCUUUUCAAAUUGAAGACAAACCUGGAGAAAGAACUAUAUUACUUACGAGAAGCUACCAAGACGAAAUCAUCAAGGUUGAAGUUGACAUCCCUCAAAUUGGAACUGAGGAGGAUGAGGAAGAGGAUAAUGAUGAUGAUGAGGAGGAGGAUGGUUUUGAGAGGAUUCCUUUGUUCGUGAGUAUCACCAAAGAAAGUGGAGUGUCUCUGCAGUUCGGUGUCACCGCUUCGGACAAUGAGAUUUGCAUUGAUAGCUUGUCAUUUAAGCAGCCAGAAGUUUCUGAAGAUCAGCUUGCAUAUGAAGGUCCUGAAUUUAAUGAUUUGGAUGAAAACUUGAAGACGGCUUUCCACAAAUAUCUUGAACAUCGAGGAAUCAAUACCACAACGGCCAAAUUCUUGAGUGGGUACAUGCGCAAUAAGGACAGUAAGGAGUACCUUUUGUGGUUGAAGAACCUCAAGAAUUUUGUUGAGAAAUGACUUCAUUGACAAUCCCAUUUUCAAUCUUAUGGGGUCGUAGACUUUUGCUUCUUUGAGAUUUGAUCUGCUGUACUUGUAUCAUGUUAAGGGAGGAGGAUUAUACCUAUAAAUUCUGAGGAAGGAGGCUAGGUCAAUUGAAUUGAACCCUCCAAAACAUGGCUCUCUUGAUAAUUUAAGUCCCUGGCCUGUUGGACAUUAACAGGCCAAAAAAAAAUGACCUAAGAGUUUUAUUUCGUAGUGAAAAUGUUCAUGGCAGCAUGAAGCAGCAGUUCUAGUGACUAAGAUCGGCUGUUGCGGCAUUCUUCCUUUUCCGGGAUUUGAAAGACGAAGCAAUUCUUUUUGAUAAAUCCAAAUGUAUCGUGAAAAUGUAUUGUGUGCGCUCGAAA